CAGCCACAUUGCUUCUUUUUGCACAACAUCGUCUUUGCUCUGAAACCACAUCACUACGUAUCACAUUGCUUGGGCAUUAUUCACGCUUUUCUUGGUUUUGUAUCCACUUGCGCUUUCUUGGUGACAACCUUUCAUCCCCGGAGCAUCGACGCGUCAACAACACCAAAGUUACCGAGAGUUUCCCAGUCUCAUUCGACAACCGCCACGAUGCCUUACACAAGCCUCGUUCUCACUUUUCUCCUCGCCGCUUCUCAUGUUUGCCACGGUAAACCUCUCCCCACGCCCGAUGAUCGUCCUUACCACCAUGGCUUUCCUCCUUACUCCGAGGGUUAUCUCACCGGGGCUGGGUCCAUCGCAACAACCACUGUAGAGAUCACAGCCCUCGCUGAGGAAACCAUCUAUCCAGUCCUAUACCCUAGCAACACAGAAGAUGUCCCUUCAACGUCUGCGGAGGUCACCAUUGCCACCAUCGCUGCCGAGUCUGUGACUGUUCCUGCAACUGCUUUUGAGAUCGAAACUGCAGAGGUCCCGGCUGCCACCACAUCCGAGGAGCACACCGAUCUAUCCGACGAUGAAGUUCCGUCGAAUGAUACAGAUUCUUCUGGCGAUGAAGCUUCCUCAGGAGAUGAUGCUUCCUCAAACAAGGACGAUGGAUCUCCAGAUGACGCUCUUCCCACCGACUCAUCGCCAGACACCCAGAAUCAGGACCAUCCCUGCGGCAGAUUCGAUCCCUGGACCAUUCACUCCCUUUCUCGAAACUGUGACGACGCCGACACGGUCUGCGACUGGUCCUUCAUCAUCGACACUCAUUGCCCCUCGUUCGCUCCUACCCCUUGCUCGUUCUCCAUCAAGUCCCUCGGCCCCGAUGUGCCUGCCUCGCGCUCUCCCAAGCAUGAGAAGAGCCAAGAUGACUUGUGCGGGCCGUAUGAGGUGCAUUCAAGCUGGAGCGGCCAGUUUGGUCCUGGAGAGGGAUUCACGACGUUGAGUGUCAUUGAUGAUGGGAACAAGUUGGUGGCGUAUCCGGCUUAUAGGGAUGAUCUGUUCGGCAAGGAGGACGCUGCGGUUCCGGAUGUGGAGGUCGCGGUCUAUGCUUUGGGUUGAAGGACGACAUGAUUAGAAGGGGCUGUUAAAUGGAAAGAAGUAUCGAUCCUGUACUGUUCAUUGCUGGAGUUUGUCGAGUAUUGGAUUAUAGGACUGACGAAAACAUUGUUAUGGAGUACACGGUAGUCAGGCGAGAGAUGAGUAAUUGGAAUCACAUUGUCCCUUGGAUGCUUUUCCUUC